CAGCUUCCCAACAAUAACGUUGAAAGAGGGGAAGGGUCUUGACAGGAGGCUGCUGUCUUUUAGGAGAGCUGGGUCCCUGGAUGUCAGAGCUGAGGGGGCAUGCAAACCAUGUGAGUAGCAGCCCACACCAGGCCCCGAGGUCUGCUACGUUCAGGUUGGAUUCCUACCAACAAACUCUAGCCAUAAAGUUUGCUGUAGAAGAGAUUAACAUGAACCCCAAAGUUCUCGACAACAGGACGCUAGGGCUGCAGGUAUAUAAGACGUGUAAUGUGCCUCACUAUGAGGUACAAGGAGCCUUACACCUAUUAUCUGAAUCCGGCACGGCCAUCCCCAACUAUAGGUGUCAUGGACGAUCAGACUACAGUGCGGUUAUAGGAUCUUUAUAUUCCAUAAACUCUAUUAUAGUGGCAAAUAUUUUGGGGGUCUUCCGGUACCCUCAGAUCAGUGCACAAUCAAGUAUCUCUCUUCUCAGCAAUCAAAUAAUGUUCCCCUCCUUUGUCAGGACUGUUCCAAUUGAUAAGGAACAGUCUAAGGGACUGGCUAAGCUUAUUCUGCACUUUGGUUGGACCUGGGUCGGUCUGUUGGCUGUGGAAAAUGAUUAUGGCUUACAGGGGAUUCAACCAAUCAGGGAAGAGAUAAUAAGGGCUGGAGGAUGUGUGGCCUUCACUGAAUAUAUCCGUGUAUCUCAACUAGACCACAACGCUCCACACAUAGUCAAGGUCAUUAAGGAGUCAUCAGCUAAAGUUGUGAUGAUCUUCUCUACUGACCCAGAAUUGGUUCCAAUCAUGAGUGAGAUGUUAAAACAGCAAAUCAAAGGGAAGAUUUUUGUCUCCAAUGCGGCAUGGUCAAUGACUAAUUUGUUCUCAGCUGGAAGGUUUUCUCCAAUAUUAUCAGGGACCAUUGGUUUUUUUAUCAACAACAGAGUGAUUCCUGGAUUCAGUACCUACCUCAAUGACGUCCAGCCAACAAUGGUAGAGUCCUGGGAGAACUUAUACUGGGAGAAACUCUUCAACUGUAAGUUUCUGUAUGAGAAAAACACAACUGGUCCAUUGGAUCCGGCAGUGACAGAGUGUACAGGAGCAGAGAGUAUUGACAGCAUCAAGAACAGCUUCAGCUACAUCAACAGCUUAACAUUUACUCAUGGUUACUACGCUGCAGUAUAUGUUGUGGCUAAAGCUUUGGAAGACCUGAAGAACUGCAAAUCAAGAGAAGGAACCUAUUCUUACAUAGGCUGUAAAGACAAUAUACAUUUUAAGCCAUGGCAGCUCCUGCACUAUAUAAGGAAUGUAAGGGUUACACUGAGCAGCGGAAGUGACAUUUAUUUUAAUAAAAAUGGAGCGAUUCCUGCAGUCUACGACAUUGUGAACUGGCAGCUGACCCUAGAAGGGACUAUGCGACCGGUAAAGGUCGGAAGUUAUGAGACCGUCACAUCUUCUGGUCAAUUUCUCAACAUCAACUCAAGCCGGCUGCUGUGGUCUAUGGGGGAAAAAGAGAUCCCUCGUUCUGUCUGCAGUGAGAGCUGUCCCCCAGGGAGCAGGAAGGCGGCUAUAAGAGGACAACCUGUGUGUUGCUUUGAAUGUGUCCCCUGUCUACAGGGAGACAUAUCUAACCAGACAGAUUCGGUGGAUUGCCUGAAGUGUCCGUGGGAUCAGUGGCCGAAUCUCGGGAAAACUGAAUGUCUACAGAAGACUAUAGAGUACCUGAACUAUGAAGAUCCAUUGGGAGCAGCACUGUCAACUUCAAGCAUACUGUCCUCAACCAUUCCUGUUUCUAUUUUAAUGCUUUUCAUCUACUCUAAGGACACGCCCAUAGUGAAAGCGAACAAUUAUUUCCUAAGCUGCCUUCUGCUGGUGUCCUUGUCUUUGUGCUUCCUCUGCUCUUUAGUUUUCAUUGGUUAUCCCCACCCUGAGAACUGUGUACUACGCCAAGCUGCAUUUGGUUUAGUUUUUGCCCUUUGUAUAUCUUGUAUUUUGUCAAAAACUAUCAUGGUGGUCUUUGCUUUCAUGGCCACCAGACCAGGCAGUAGCCUGAGGAGAUGGACCACACCUCAAGUGUCCUACAUGAUCGUUUUUGCUUGUUUCCUGUUACAGUUCCUCUUGUGUGUCACUUGGCUGUCAUUUGCCCCUCCCUUCCCUCAGUACAACACUCACUCCAAACCUGGACUCAUCAUUGUUGAGUGUAAUGAGGGAUCACCAAUUGCCUUCUGGACCAUGCUGGGUUAUCUGUUUCUUCUGGCCACCAUUAGUUUCAUUGUUGCCUUUCUGGCUCGGAGACUCCCUGACAGCUUUAAUGAGGCCCAGUUUAUUACCUUCAGCAUGCUGGCCUUCCUCAGUGUCUGGGUGUCCUUUAUCCCAGCCUCCAUCAGUGCUCAGGGUAAAUACACGGUGGCCAUGGAAAUAUUUGCCAUCUUGGCUUCCAGUUGGGCUCUGGUGAUCUGUAUGUUCCUGCCUAAAUGUUUCAUCAUAGUGUUCAGACCAGACAUGAACUCCCGGGAACAUCUCAUGAGAAGAGACAGAGAUCAGUCUAGGAGAAAACUAAAUUAAUAAAAGCAUAUGCAAAAAUCAUAUUUAUAAUGUAAUAUUUCUUA